AUGUUACAGAUUGACGCGUUCGCAUCAAAGUAUUCGCAUCUUGCAAAACUAGGCGAUAUCGAUGAAGACGUGCCAUGGACUGGAGAACAGCCGUUGAACAAGCUGUCAAAGCUGGCUUUAAGACCACUCUUACUAGUGGUCAUGCUGCUGGCCAUAGAUGGAACGGCUCUCUCAAGAAAAACCAUCAAAAGGCCUAUGAUAAAAAUAACAGCCAAGCAGAACGGCUUCACGUUGGGUUCCCAUGACUACGAUGUGCAGCGAAUCACUAGUGAAGAAGAAGGCCUUUUGCGAGAUCAGCUGGACAAGUAUUGGCACGUCGUGGUCAUUGAACCCAACGGCCAAUGA